UGCGCGCCGCUCCGUCUGUCAGUGUUGCGUGAGACCUGAGGGAGGAUGGACGCUGUCUCUCUUUGCUCCCGCCUUCACACGCGUUUCUCUCUCAUUAUCUGUAGCAGGUUCAUCACGGCGAAACAGGUGAAAAAUUACCUUAGAAUUUUGAACUAAUUUGUGAACUGGAAAAAAAAAGAAAGGAGGAAAAGGGAAAGUAAGUAAGGAAAAGAGAAAAAAAAGUAAAGAAAACAAGAACAAAAGAAAAACAAUAACAAGACAAACACGGACACAAGGAAAAUAAGAAAAAGAAGAAACUUGAGAAAUAGAAAAAAAAGACCAACAAAAUUCCAUAAGUAAGAAAAAUAAAGAAAAGGAAAACAAGAGAAGAAAAAGGAAAAAGAAGAAAACGAAACAUUGAGACGAACAAGACAAAAAAACAAAAGUAAAAGAAAAUAAAGUAAGAAAGUAAAAAGAAAUAGGAAAUAGAAGAAAAAAAGAAAAACUCGUGAAUUUGAAAAAAAGUGAAAAACCUCGAAUAAAAAAAUGUCUAUUGGCUACGAAGACAACACCUCCACCACCUCCACCAACCUACACCACCACCACCACCACCUCAACCUCCACAUGCGAGCUCCACCCUCACCAGAACUCCCCCCACCCCCACCACCACAGUCACCACCCUUCACCACCACAAUGACCACCACAAUCGACUCAUCACAACCACAACACCAUAAUCAGCUUUUUGUGACGAGAAGUGGUGUUAGUGGUGGGGGAUUGGAGGGUGGUUCUUCUUCCUCCUCUUCUUCUUCUUCCUCCUCCUCCUCCUCCUCCUCCUCCAUGAUGUUCGGGUCGCAAAAGGUUGAUGUCAAUUCCUCAACCCCGUACUCGGACGCGACGCAGGUGAGCUCAAAGACCAAGAAGCACCCCGUCAACCACAUCAAGCGGCCGAUGAACGCCUUUAUGGUCUGGUCCCAGCUGGAGCGACGGAAGAUCGUGGCGCGGCACCCCGACAUGCACAACGCGGAGAUCUCCAAGCGGCUGGGGAAGAGGUGGAAGGCGCUCUCUGCCACGGACCGCCAGCCUUACAUCGACGAGGCGGAGAGGCUGAGACUUCUACACAUGCAAGAGUACCCGGAUUACAAGUACCGCCCAAGGAAGAAGGCUCGUCUCCUCCCAUCCUGUGUGCUGUCCUCCCGCUCCCCCUCCCCCGGCUCCUCCCCGUCCUCCUCCCGCCGGAAGAGACGCCCGGCGGUCAAACUCCUGUCUUCUACACGUCUCCGCAUCACCGUAACCAGCCCCAAGCGAUCUCCCACCCCCGCGCCCAAGAGGAAGAGGACACCAGCAGGAGGAGGAGCAGGAGGAAGAGGAGGAAGAGGCAAGGGAGGGGCUGAGGCAUCACAAGCAACAGCAGCAGGAGGAGGAGGAAGGCAAAGAAGAAGGGGAAGGAGGGAGACCAAACCAAAAAACAGAGAAGGUUCCGAAGGGGUCAAGGCUCCCAGCGGAACCCCCCGAGCGAAGAGACGCCGCGGGGGGAACAGAGGAGGCGCCCGGGGGACCAAGAGGAUAUCCAAGGGCUUCUCCACGCCCCCUACGCCCCCCUCCCCCUCCUGCCCCUCACCUAUUCUGUUCUUGGACGAGGAUUCUGACCCCCCCUCCCCCCUCCCCUACUCCCUCCUCGGCCCUUGCUCCGUGCUGGACACCCCCACUCCCUCCCCCGAGCCGGCGCGCCCUCUCUUCACGUCCAGGGAUUCACAGGACUCCUUGGGUGACCUCGCCUACCUGACGGACAUCCUGAAGAUGUCACCAGAGUUCCACGUUGACCUCGACCUCUCCCCCGACCUUGACCUGAGCUCGACCCACGUGACCUCCGCCCCCUCCAUGACCUCCACCACCCACGCCUCCUGCACCUCGUCCCCCGGGUCACACUUCGAGUUCUCCUGCACCCCCGACGUGGCUGACGCUCUUUGUGACGUGGGGCUCAACGUUUCGGACUGGCUCGACCCUUCCCUCAGCCUCAUCUGCUCCUAAGGUCACUGAGAACAGGUGUGCGGGCAGGUGUGUGGGAGGGAGAAGGAGAAGAAAGAUGUGUGUGUGUGAGGGAGUGGGAGAGGGAGAAGAAAGGUGUGUGUGUGAGGGAGAGGUAAAUGGAAGGUGUGUGACAAGGUGUGUGUAUGUGAUUAGCAGGGACAGGUAUAUGUGUGUGUGUGUGUGUGUGUGUGUGUGUGUGUGUGUGUGUGUGUGUGUGUGUGUGUGUGUGU